AUGGUCAUGGCAGGCAGCACAGAGGGCACAGCUUUCCAGUUCCGGUGCAGAAGAAAGGAAAAUGAAAGUUUUGGUUAUGGAGCUCAGGCCGGCCCGGCCCCGCGCUCCCCCGGCGCUGUUCGCUUCUCUUUUCCAGUGCCCGGCGUCGCCGAGUUCGCCGCCUCCUUCAAAAGCCCUAUUACAAGCUCACCUCCCAAAUGGAUGGCUGAACUGGAAAAUGAUGAUAUCGAUAUGUUAAAGGAGCUGGGAAGCCUCACUAUAGCUAACCUGAUGGAGAAGGUUCGUGGCCUGCAGAACUUGGCUUAUCAGCUGGGACUGGAUGAAUCUAGAGAAAUGACUCGAGGGAAGUUCCUGAACAUCUUAGAGAAACCCAAGAAGUAACUGCAGCAUCUGAAGCUGGGACAAUAAAGUAUCCUGACUGGAUCAUAUUACGUACUGUGGAUCCAGAUGAACCCCAAAACUUCUAAGAAGUACAAAGCUCUUGCUGUAGACGCUCAGACGCAAGCACCUCUUUUACUUCCACAGCUCUUCUCUUUGCAGGAGAGACAUACUGCAUACGCAGGUUACUAGGCCUGUGAUUAGGUGCAUUGGAAUUCAGACUUCUUCCUGCCUUAAGAUAUCCAAAUGGAAGGAUUUGACCCUGACAUGCAACAACAAAGUCACCUGAUGGGUUGGGUUUUUUUAGUCAGCUAUUUAAAGUGUGCCCCCAUAGUGACCUUACUGGAUUGUUCUCGAGUGGCAGCACCAGAGUAAAGUAAACAGCAGCUUUUCAUGAGACUGGCCAGCAUGCAUCCUGUUGCAUCGGCCCUCUUGUGUGUCUGUAUAUGCAUUGGUUUCCUACACACAAAUUCUGUGUUGAAUGACUGGACAACAGUUUGGGAUGCGGUCUGAGACACAUAGCAGUGGUUCUGCAGAACACUUGCUUUUAGUGUAGAAAUUGAGUGCAGUCUGCAUUAGGUUCCAGCUAAUCUCUGCCUUCAGAGAAAUGUGCCCAGUACCACAGUGGAUAUUCAGUCUGCUGGUCCUUUCACUUCCUAUGGCUUGUAUCAACUAUUGUGCGUACUGAGAGCUUAUAGUGCUACAGUUUUCUAGUGAAAUCUAGACUGAUAGAGAUAGGGGCUAUGAAGCGUUACUAUACCAUGAAGGAAAUAGUUGCCAUAGUAAGUUCAGCAUAUACACAAAGAAACAGCUUUGUCUGUCUGCUCUGCAAUUCUCAAUUUGCUUCUUACAGAGCUAGAAACAGAGUAGAGUUAUAAGGUUGAAAGGCAGUCAUGUUUUCAAUACUCCAGAAAUGGGCAGGCUUGUGAGCCCCAUUGUGAGGAUACUCUGCUUAAAUAGAGUCUUCACAUUUCUAAAAGUAGCAUUUCUUGUUAUUUUCAUUACUUGGAAAACUGGGAUCUCAAAAUUAGGUUCACCUGCAAAAUUAAAAUUCUGAAGGGAGAAUUUUCUGUGACCCAGUCUCUUAGCACACAGUUCUGGACUUUACAAUUUUACCAUUUAAUGCAUUUUCUUUCUGUCAAUGCACUUCUGCAUGUUCAGCUCUAAGAAGUUAAGGAGCAUGUUUGGAUUUUGUUUACAAGAACUUCUUUUUCAUCCUAUUUUUCUAGGAAAUAAUAGUGUAAGUGUAGUAACUAUGAUCUUUCUAGGGUAAAGCAUAGUAUUAAAACAUUGGAUAAAGAAUAGGGUUUUUUUUUCCACUUAAAAAAUGUUACUUUUAGCAUCCAUACUUCUCAAAGUCUGUCAUUUCCCAGACUGAUAAUCACAUAUGAGAGGAGAAAUGUCUUGGAAAUAGUACUUGUGCCUCGUCAUUAACAGGUUACCCUUAGAGCAUUGCAAAUGUCUGUCUUUGCAGAGACUGUUUUCAGUUAUGUGUGUGAUAAAGGAGAUUUUUAAUCAAAUAGACUCCUGAAUUUUUUUUUUAAGGUGACUGUGGUAUUUUAGCUUGCAGUCUGUGGUCGUGGUUGUUAUCGGUGAAAACCAGGCUUGUUUUGGACAACUCCAGUUAACUAAAUUUAAGCAGUUAAAUCCCAAAUCCCAGGAAGGUAACACACAAAUACUGAAUAUUUAGGAAUUUCAGGAGCGUGGUUUUAAACUUAAUGGAUUUACUUCCCUACUUUGGUUUACGUAGGACCAUGCUUAACAGGAACUCCAUCCCUUGAGAACAUGAGAGAUAAGACAUUGGAGUGAGAAGAGAAGCUAAGAAUCAUGGUUCAGAGACAAAAGUUGCUGGUGCAAGCUAAUGUUAAUGUAGUUUCAAAAAUUAUACAUUUAAAAUGCAAUUGUAAGUUUGUAUACUAUAUAUAGUAUGUAUACACACCACAUAAUGGGAUAUUUGGUCUGUACGACUAAUAUGAGUUUGUGCAUUUCAUACAGGUUUGUUGAUCCAACACAUUAAGAAAUUAAGAUCUAAAAGGAGGAGGAAUGUAGGAGAAGAUAUCAAAGCUUGUUUGUUUUCCAGUAUGUCUAGUAAGAAAUUUCAGGCUUUUAGCAGUUCUUAGUAACAUACAUGUCUUUUAAGAACAAACAAAAAAUCUUUACCACACAGUACUUAUUGUCUAUAGGGCAGCAAAUAAUAUGUGCCUUAGAACUGUAUUUAUUGGCUUUGUACUUUGUCAUCUGUGGAGAUCAGCCAGUGCUGCAUAUUUUAUUGGUAAUGCGUAUACGUAUUUUGUAUGAUAGCUGGAGAAUUGUAAUCUGUUGCUGCUCUGUAAUCUGAUAACAAACAAAUGCAGAGCUCAAAGAGUAGCCUGAGUUUCCAGAAGAGCUCUCUGGGAUGCAAAAGCUGUUGGCUUAGUCACCCGGGCAGUGCUCUUUCUUAGGUUCUUCUUUACUGUUAAGUUGAUAAGACACUUUGCUCGUCACCACUUCAGUUUUCAACCUGUGACUACUUCAUUCCUGUCGGUAAGUAAAUAGUUGGCAAUAUCCAAAUGGUACUGGAGAUUUUCAUGCCCUCUUGAACCACCAUUUCUUCCCUCUUCAGUGAUGUCCUUCCCAACAUCACUGCAACAUCUAUCUAUAUAAUAACAUCUGGUGACUUUAUAUUGCUGGUAAAUUUCUUAAAAAUUCUUUUAAUAAGAAAGUUUCUUAAAAUAAGAAAGUUUCUUAAAAUUCUUAAUUUUAAAACAACAACAAGUUUUGAUAAAUGAUGUGAAUGAAGAGUAUAAUAAGGUCAUAAUUCAGUAAUACUAUUUGAGCUUGUGCAGAACUUUAUAAAGUAUUUUCAUGCAUUGGUGUGUUAGAUGUUACUGUCAGGUUCCUGGAAAUGAAACCUAUGGUUUUAGUUCCUUUUAAAUGCUGUUGUUGUAUUAAAUGCGUAGUUGUAAAGGCUG